AUGUUGUUCUAUUUGCAAAGUACAGACCCAAACGAAUACGGGACAGUAAAGCUACAAACAAACUUAGGUCUUCAGAAUGAAGCGCUUGCUUUCAGAGUUGUUGACUUCAAUACUAUCGCAACUUUUGUCAUAACAGAUGAAACAGAUUUCAUGGAGAUUGAAAUAGAUGGAAAGAAGCACGAAAUAAGAUUUCACAAUAAUGUAGAAUAUAAGAUGGAAACAUUAGCUGGAGUGUUAAAUGCUCUCAUAAAUACUACAAUAAACAAGGAUAACGAAGAAAACUUAAUGAAUGUUAAACUUAUUGCAGGAGUUUUGAAGUUCAGUUAUGCGAAGGAGGAGUGUGGUAGAAUUUACGAAAAAGUGACAGUAGAAAAGUGA